AUGGGAAACUCGUCGUCGUCCGGGGAAGAGCGCCCUCCGCCGCCUCCGAGCUCAACUCGUGAUUGCCCGUCGACGGCGGCACGGGAACAGAUUGCUGUGGAGAUGCUGGCGACGGAAGAGACGUAUAUUAAGGGGUUGGAGACUAUGUUGAGAGUCUUUGGCAAACCGUUUCGUGGCUUGGAGAAGAAGGCCCUGGCAGAGCUGGGCAUGACUAUGGAUGAUGUUGAUCUGUUCUUUGAUGAUGUGGAGGAUCUCAUCGCCCUGCAUGCAAGUCUUCGCUCUCAUCUCAAAUCUCGCCUUACUCGCUUCUCGGAUCGCACAAAACUGGGGCCCAUCUUCUCGCCUCGCUUUCUCAAUCCCAUGCUCGCCCCGUACACUCGUGUCAUCACGCGCAACGAAGCGGCUCAGGCCCGGUUGAAGCAUCUCAUGGCCGCAAAGAAGACAGGGUCCAAGUUCAAGGCCUUUGUCAAGGCCGCUGUCGCCGACGAAGUUGCAGCUCUCACUGCUGCUGCUGGGUCCGAUGCGCCCAUGAUCAACGCCAUGGCCUACGACUUGUCGGCCCUCCUCCUUACCCCCAUCCAGCGCAUUCCACGGUAUCUGCUUCUGCUCAAGGACCUGGUCAAGCGGACGCCCGCCAGCCACGCUGACGCCCGCCCACUUGCGGCUGCCAACGCCGCCGUCGAGGCUUUUGCCGCCUCGCUCAACGAAGCCCGCCACAUACAAGAUGCGCGCGAGAAGUUUGCGCAGCUGGCGGCCACCUUUGUCGACCUCCCGCCCAAUCUUGCCGCGUCGCUGAGUGCGUCAACCCAUCGGGCGCGACUGACCGUCGACGAUGUCGCCGUGGUGGUCCACAUUCCGCCGCCGCCGGUGGCUCCGGGUGCACUGGCCACCUGGGACGCCGUCCGUUCGGCCGAGAUCGCCCGCCGCCGCGACACGAGGUCGUCAAAGUCCCUCGCCGCCGGCCGUGCUGUCGUCCUUGAGGGCAUGCUCGGCAUGGCCACGACUCCUAGCGCACGUACCUACAACGAGCGCUGGUUCCGGCUUCACGCCAACGGCCAGCUGGUCUUCUGGAAGUCCGAGGCCGAGACCGCGACCGCACCUGCCGAAGGUGUCGUUGUCCUCACAGACGUCGUCGCCCUCUCACUCCCGGCCGCCAACACCCUGCACCUCGCCACCCUCUCCCGCGGCCUCACACUUGUCGCCAACUCGCCGUCUGACGCUCAGGCCUGGACCGAUGCCUUUCGCUCCGUCCUCCGCAACAUCUUUGUCGUCUCGCCGCCGUGGCUCGACUCGUCCAUCUCCAAGCCGGACCGCAAGCUGUACGUCCUCGACGACAUGCUGGUGGUCACCAAGCACACUACCAAGCGCCUCAAAAAGGUCGAGCGGUACAAGGCCCACGCGGUGUUUGCCCGCGGCCCGCGCCGCCUUCCGCUGCGCUCGGUCCGCGUCGUCGAUACCCGCCGCUUGCUGGGCGUCGACGGCGACGCCGACGCCUCGGAGAUUGUCGCCGAUGGCGAAGCCGAGCCUCCGGCUGCCUCGUCGUCAGACGCAUCUGCUGCUGCAGCUAAGCUCUACGUGCUUGACGUCUUUACCACCCACGCCCACUACGACGUCGUCAGCCCGGCCCUUGCCGGCGACCGCUCCGCCCGCCGCCGCUCCCGCACCGCCUCGGCCGUCCUCGCCGGCGUCUCCGUCCCGGAUGAGCCGGUCGCGUCGUGGACAGACACCCUCGACGCUGGGCCACUCGGCACCGGCUUUGCCUGCCGCAUGGUGUUCAAGGACCACGCAACACUCGCCUCGCAGUGCUGCCGGCGACAACGGUCUCAACACCGCCGGCGGAAGUGA